AUGGCAGGUCGAAGCGAGAACGAUGAGCGUACCUGGAAUAUCCCUUUUGCAGUCCCCGACUUCACCACCUAUUGCAAAGACACGGAUCUGAGUGGGAUCACCAUAGCAAAGGUGGUUGACAAUGCCGACUUCCCGGAUGUCGAGGAGUUCAUGAAGCUCAACCAGCAGGUUCGUGGCAUUGUACGGGCUUCAAAGUUCAAGAGAGAUAUAGUUCGAUAUCUUCAGACCCUCGAGGCCAACCCAAAUCACAUCCACUCUGCUGAGGACAUCAUCGGGUUCACAAAGUCUUUUGCGGGCGAGGAGCAUCCAGACCGCGAUAUUGGAAAGUUUUUGUGGACCCAAGCUGAGGGAAUCGACGUCAACACCGACAAGUACAGAGAGAUGGUUAGCCAAGGGCAGUUCUACGGGGGCGAAGUGGGGAUCCUCGGCGCGAUGGAGAAACACGGUCUUGAUCUCCUCACUGUCCCUCUUCAAUGGGCAUCGAAAACGACUUGGCUGCGAAGAGAUGGGGUUCCCCGUACUUGA